CGUGGAGUCCGUUAACUAGGUGAAAACUUUAAGGCAGCUCAGUAACCCGCGGCGCAGUAAAAUGACGUCAUGAGCCCGGAAACUUGUAGCUGGCGCAUGCGCAAUUGCUUUCAGCCUGUCCUGCGAACUGCUGGCAUCUUUUCAAGUUAGUGGGUCAAGGAAGUACAAGUCGCCUUAAUCCUAGGACGAUGGGAAGGAAGAAGAAUAGAAAAGCUGUGGCUGCUAAAAGAGAGCUAGUAUUUGAUGAGGAGAAGCGAAAGGAGUAUUUGACUGGAUUUCACAAACGCAAGUUGCAGAGGAGAAAAGCUGCUGUGGAGGAAAUAAAACGCAAGAUUAAAGAGGAGCAAAAGCGUCUGAGAGAUGAGAGACACAAAGAAUAUAUGAAAAUGUUAAAGGAGAGAGAAGAGGCAUUAGAGGAAGCAGAUGAAGUAGAGCGGCUUGUCACUUCUAAAAGAGAGUCCCUUACAUUUGACCACCCCAACCACACAGUAACUGUGACAACCAUCAGUGACCUGGAUCUUUCCGGAGUGGGUCUCCUGCCUCCUAACAUGAUAGAGCAGGAGGAAAAUGAGAAAAAGGCUGAAGAACAACCGUCCGUAUCCAUAUCUUCUCUAUCCAGAAAAGCAGGAGAUCCGCUGCUUUCAAAGAGGAUCUGCAGUCUCACAAAGUCUCUCCACGUUCGCAGUCAACAGAAAUCCAAGAAGCGGCCACAAAAGUUACAUGACAAGAAGCAAGCCACAGCCAAGACAACUAGACGUACAACCAAAGCUCAACGCAGGAGGCAAACUGGCAGAACUGGGCGGAAUAGAGAGUAAACUAUAUGUCCGGCUUCUGCCACAUACAGACUUUAUACUAAGGUUACGUUCCUUCAUGUUUUAGGAUUUCCAGAUGGUUUGAUGACAAAGUACGUUGCAGCAAGGACUGCUCUACAGUGACGUUACCCACACUGCAGAAUACUUGUUUUAUUGUUUUAUUGCUGUUUUCUACAUGCACCAGAGAAUAUAAUGGUAAAGCUUUUCUAUACUGUUUAAGCUCUGCCGUUCUGUUCUUGGAUUUCAUUCUCUCCCAUCGUCCUUGUGUGUUUUGUUAUUCAGCCUGUUCUGUAACCAAUGACAGAUAAGGGGGAGGUCACCUGUUGUUUAAAAGGUCCUCUGGGAGAUGGGAACAAAAUGUGUAGAACAGGAGAGGCCGCUCCAGUCUCACCAUGCAGGUAACCGAUCAGGGAUGGGCUGAGUAUUAAUAUUUAUAGUAAUGAUGAUUAUUCAGGGAAUGAUGCACUGAUGGCUCAGGUUACAUUAUGCGCCAUAUCUUUGCAUACAAAACACUUUUAUAUUGUGGGAUUGCACCUGGCACUAGCAGUGAAGAUAACAUUACUGGUGUGCAUCACCCUCCUCAUAAGUGCCUGCCGAGGCUGCUUCCCUCCUAAAGGAAUGGCACCUUGGUGCUGGUCAUUACCUCUACUGCCAUUUGUGUGCUUGGGAAAUUAUUUAUGCAGAUUUUUUUUUAAGACUGCAUUUUCACACUUGUAUAGUUGAAUGCACACAAGUAUUACCUGUAAUUGUUUUCUUACUGUUGUGUACAGUCCAGUUGAUGCUUGAAGAUUAUACAUUUGUUUUUUGUUUAUACAUGUGUUGGAUUGUGGGGUUAAAUUUUGCUGUUCCAAAAGGAUGUCAUUGCUCAGAUUUU